CACUUGCCAGCAAAGAGAAAUGGUUUAAUGUUGUUUGUGCUGAUCUCUUUUUCGCAUUCUUACAUAUAUUAUCACUUGGCUCAAAAACAAAAAAAAUAUUUUAAGAGGCAAGAAAAUUUGCAUUAAUAGUAGAAGAAGACUUUCUUUCUUGGCUCUACUUGUGUAAUAUUAUUUGGUGAUUUGAUCUAUAUUUGUCUCUCUCUCUUUAUCGAUCUAUGGAUUCACGAGCAAAAAGAAGUCAAUCUAGUAGCAGAAAGGCUCCUGCUAUGAGGCUAGAAGGGGAAGAUGAGUUUCAAGAGGAAGAUGUGUGGUCAGUUUUGAGAGAAGCAAAAACUCCAGGUCAUGAAAUUAAAGUACCCAAAAGUCAUUUUACUUCACCAUCUUCACCUACUUCUUUUACAUCUUCACCGUGGAACAUUCAUAGAAGCAAGGAGGUCUCAGGGGAAAAACAGUCAUCUGCACCUAUGAAUGUUCCUGAUUGGUCCAAGGUUUAUGGUAACGCAAAGAGCAAGGAGAGGACUAUUCAUAAUUUGCAUUCUCGCGAUGAAGAUGAUGAUGAUGGUUGCAUGGUUCCUCCACAUGAAUGGGUUGCAAGAAAGCUAGCGAAAACACAGAUCUCAUCUUUCUCUAUGUGCGAAGGAGUUGGAAGAACACUCAAAGGAAGAGAUCUAAGCAAAAUGAGAAAUGCUGUUUUGACAAAAACUGGAUUCUUGGAGUAAGUAAAAUAUAAUAUCUCAUCAUCAUCAUCCAUGUGCACCGAUCAUGAAUUCCAUAACUCUUGUUAACAUUAUCACCAUGAAAACUCUCAACUACAUGGCAUCCACAUCAUUUUCAUUAUCAUUAUCAAUGUCAUUGUCGUCAUCAUCAUGUGGGGAUCACUAAACCAAGAGGCUCUUUUUGUUGUUUAA